UGUUAUGGUGGCUAGCUCUCUUAGCACCCCUGCUAGCCGCUGCCUCUCCGCCGCUCCGCUCUCUCCAAGCUUGCCGCCCCCCAGCGACACAAUCCGCCUCGUCGCCGAUUCCAACUCCACCUUGCUAACUUAUCAUGCUCGAUUGGACCGGGACAGCUCGUCGAGUGUCGGUGUAACUCGUGUAUUUUGGCGGGGACUGGCCGCGGGGAACAAUACGGGAGCUAACGCGGCUAAAGCUAGCGUCUAAAGAGGAGAGCUAACGCGGCUAGCUUAGCUUUAGCUUAGCAUCAGUGCGGCUGUCAUGGACGACAAAUCUUUCACCAAGGAGUUGGACCAGUGGAUCGAGCAGCUCAAUGAGUGCAAGCAGCUUUCAGAAGGCCAGGUUCGGUCGCUCUGUGAGAAGGCCAAGGAGAUUCUGACCAAGGAGUCCAACGUUCAGGAGGUGCGAUGCCCGGUGACGGUGUGCGGCGACGUGCACGGCCAGUUCCACGACCUGAUGGAGCUGUUCAAGAUCGGCGGCAAGUCCCCCGACACCAACUACCUGUUCAUGGGCGACUACGUGGACAGAGGCUACUACUCUGUGGAGACGGUCACGCUGCUGGUCACGUUAAAGGUGCGUUUCCAGGAGCGGAUCACCAUCCUGCGAGGAAACCACGAGUCUCGGCAGAUCACGCAAGUGUACGGCUUCUACGACGAGUGCCUGAGGAAGUACGGCAACGCCAACGUCUGGAAGUACUUCACGGACCUGUUUGACUACCUGCCGCUCACCGCGCUGGUCGACGGACAGAUCUUCUGUCUGCACGGAGGUCUGUCCCCCUCCAUCGACACCCUGGACCACAUACGAGCUCUGGACCGCCUGCAGGAGGUCCCUCAUGAGGGCCCCAUGUGUGACCUGCUGUGGUCGGACCCCGACGACCGUGGCGGGUGGGGCAUCUCCCCCCGAGGUGCGGGCUACACCUUCGGACAGGACAUCUCUGAAACCUUCAACCACGCCAACGGCCUCACGCUGGUGUCCCGCGCCCAUCAGCUGGUCAUGGAGGGCUACAACUGGGGCCACGACAAGAACGUGGUGACCAUCUUCAGUGCUCCCAACUACUGCUACCGCUGUGGCAACCAGGCGGCCAUCAUGGAACUGGACGACACCCUCAAGUACUCUUUCCUCCAGUUCGACCCCGCCCCCCGCCGCGGCGAGCCCCACGUGACCAGACGCACUCCCGACUACUUCCUGUGAAUGUUUGACGCCGCCCUUCCCCGCCCUCGUUACUGUACCGAGAAGAAAAGAAGCGAUUGGCUGAAUAAUGUACCGAUGACUUAAACGUAGCGUGCCCCGCCCCUCCCCCCACAGUCGUGUUCUCACUCUGCCGUCAUUACCGCUGUGCUUCUGGAGUAAAACUACACCUGCAACUAAGAUGUUACUUUUUCUUUUCUUGUUGGUUUCAAAACACGUUUUUAAGACAACAUAAUAAAACUUCCAAGGUGGACCAAAUGUGCCAUAUUCUGAUCCUUUUGCGACAACUCUUCCCACCCUCCUGUCCUUUUUAAGCCCCACACAACCUCAUGUCAUCACAUUUGUGCUUUUUCUGUUUGGUACAAAAGAGGACAAAGAAAGUUUGCUUAAAGUAGUUGAGCUGUGAGUUUUAGCUGCAGCCAGCGCUGCUCAUCAAGUCAGCAACUAUAUUACUGUCAUUUGAAUAAAGACUACACACCUACAAAAUAAAAAUGUCCUAUUGACAAACUCGU